AUGACGCGCAAAAGGCCUGCUCCGGGCUCUACUCCUGCUCUUCAUCCCCAGAUGGACGCAGUCUCGAGUUUCUCGUCCACCAACCCCGGCUCUCAGCUGUCGAACGAUCAGUUCCUGCAAUGGGGCCAGGACCCUUCGAACGCGACCAAUGACACCUCCUUCCCCGAUCCAUCCUACAACACUGGAACAUAUCCCACAGCUGUACCCACAGGGUCGGCGGCAAUCUCGAAUCAGCUUGCCCGUCGGCCGCCGUCAAAUCAACUAGUCAGCCGAAACCGUGGAUAUGAGCAGGCUCCGACAUACGUCGACCAUGCUGGAAACGCGGGCGACGGAGAGUCGGGAGCGUGGGAAGAGUCCCUGGAUGAACUCAACCAGCGGGCCGAGGUGGCAAAGCGAGAGGCUCAGGAAAAAAGGAAGCAGAUUCCGCCAUUCGUACAGAAAUUGAGCAGCUUUUUGGACAAAUCAGAGAAUACCGAUUUAAUUCGGUGGUCUGAUGAUGGCAACUCUUUCAUCGUGCUAGAUGAAGACGAGUUUGCUCGGACGUUGAUCCCAGAACUCUUCAAGCACAACAACUACGCAUCGUUCGUGCGGCAACUCAACAUGUACGGAUUCCACAAGAAGGUAGGACUUUCCGACAACUCUAUGCGCGCCAGCGAACGGAAAAACAAAAGCCCCAGCGAAUAUGCAAAUCCGUACUUCAAGCGGGGCAAAGCAAACUUGCUGUGGCUGAUUCAGAAGCCGAAAAAUACGGCGAGCCACGGGAGCAAGGGCAGCAAAGGUGGAACUGGAACGCGUGUCAAAACGGAGGAGGUUUAUGAGAAUGAAGCGGAUGAGUACGGAGAUGAUGGCCCACGCGCAGCCCGCGAUGACCGUGCGAGAGGACCAGGGCAAUUGUCCUUGGUGACCGACAGUGCCCUGCCCAAGGAUCAACUGACGGGCGUUUAUCGCGAAUUGCAGGCGAUCCGCCAGCAACAGCAAAUUAUCUCCACCACCAUCACCCGAUUGCGAAAAGAGCACGAACAGCUCUACGCACAAGCGGCCAACUUCCAGGAGCAGCAUACCCGCCAUGAGAACUCCAUCAAUGCCAUCCUGACAUUCCUGGCGACAGUGUACAACCGCAGCUUGCAAGGUCAAGAUGGACCGCAAAACCUGGCCAACUCGUUUGCGGGGGCAAUCUCGCAGGAUCACCAAGGGAAUAUCGUUGACGUGGGGGAUGACUACUUCGGCGCUUUGGGAUCUAUGACUAGUCCUUCUGGGCAACGACAUGCGAAGAAGCAACCCUUGCUAUUGAAAGCGCCACCUGCUGCAGAUGAGAAUGGCCGUGCUAGCACGCUUUUGCCUUCGACCAGUGGUCCCUAUGACACUCGAUCUCGCGGCCACGCACGGCAACCCAGUGCCACGCAGCCGAGACAUGUCGAGGAGGUAUUCGACAACAGCCCGCGACAGACCAGCUCGGCCAGCCUGCCACACGGACAGCAAGAUGAUAAUUAUCCGCAACGAGAUAUUAUGUCCGUGAUCCAAAACUCCAACGCGAGAAACGGCGUUCCAACAAACUUCUCCGAAUUCCCCAAUGUACUCUCUUCGCUCGAGACAUCCGGCGGCAAUGUCCCUCUCACUCCAAAUCAGCGCGCCGACAUGCUUCGACUCAUGGCCAAUGAAACACACACUGCCGACCCGAACACGUCGGACUCUCCCAACAACGCUCUUAUCACGCCAACACCACCUCCCAUGCCACAGAACUACUCGGGCCGGCUCGCCAGUACCCGCCAUGAAAUAGACAAUCUGGUCAAGAUGCAAGCCGAACAGGACCGCUCUGUCCAAAACCUGACCAACCUUCUCCAACCUCUCAGUCCGACAGGCUCGAUACCGGGGAUAGGGAGUGACGGCAACGUCCCACCGCCGCCACUUGACCUCGACCAGAUCUUCAAUAACGACUACUUUACCGACUUGGGAGAUCCGGACUCAAAGCACCUUGGCCACAACACGGCAAGCAACGACGAUACGGGGCCACACGACACUGGUGGCGUUGCCGCAGACAACGCCGACACCAACGACCUGUUCGAUUUCGAUCACAUUCCCGCCGAGGAUAAUCUCUUUGACGGAUCCAACCAGAGCUACAGCUACGGCUUCGACGACACGGGCUACAACCAGACUCCCAGGUCUGGGAAUAACCACGACUCGGGCCGUGUCAUCGAGCAGUUGACAGACAGCGAAGCCACCAGUCCUGCGGCAACCACGCAGGGUGAGACCGUCGAAGAUGGAGGCAGUGCCAAGCGCCGCAAGAAGGCGUGA